CAAACUGGUAGUGACAUGAUUCAUCCAUCCGCCAGUCUCUCAGCUCUUCUGUUGCUUGCAGGCACAGUCACACCCUUCCCUUCUCUCUCCAACCUUGUCAAGCAAGCAAGUGUCCUUCCUUGCACGCUCACGUUGUGCUCACACACACACAGACAAACACUUGUCGUCCAAUCCACCGCCGACUAACAGAGAACAUAGAAAACAAUGUCGUCUGGAAAGCAGGAGCUGUGGUCGCCUGCGCAGGUGUACACGCAGGCGGGCGGCAUGCUCGGUGGCGUCAUCAGCUCCUUCAGCAAGCGCGUCAUGGGCAAGACAUGGCAGCACAAGUUCCUGGUCCUGGAAAAGUCCUACCUGCACAUCAAAGCUGGCGAAGGCUCAUAUCACCCAGAGUCGUCCAUUGUACGAACGCAAAUCGACAGCAUCAAGGCUGUGGAGACAGAGAACGGGCCAGGCAUCUCGCUGCGCGCCAAGGGCACGGCGUACGACUUCGCCUUUGACACGGCAGCACUGCGGGACCAGUGGUUUGACAGACUGUCUAUUCACGCAAAGCACCGCAGCCCGCGCCCCUCGAGACGCGACCACAGCAACGACGCAAGCACAGACACGCACGCGCACGGCAAUGACAACGACGGACAUGACAUUGAUGACGAUGAUGACAAUGACGACUACCGUAGCCGCUCCAGCAACGACAGCCAAAGCAAACCACACUACGCAUACACAGGACAGCAACUAUCACCACAACUCCCACCACCACAACAAGCAGGGGAAGGCGGGCCGGUGGACCGCGUGCCUUCGUACAACACGGCCGUGUCACAGAUGCAACAAGAGAGGGGCAUCUACCCGGCACUCGGGUCAGCGAGCAUGCAGACACCAGCGCCAACGGCAACAGCACCACGGACAUCAACUUCCAGUCAGCCCCCAAGCUACAGCGAGGUGGACAACCAGACAAAGUCGCUCUAAGCGUAGUACGAUGGCGAGAUGAGCACGUCUUGCAGCGUUGUUUGCUCCUCUGCUGUCAGCUGGUUCUUCAUCUCGUGCCACGCCUCCUUGUGUGUCUUCCAAAACUGCGUCAGCGCCUUGUUUGCCGUGCUCCUGCGUGUGUUUGUGUGUGUGUGUGUGUGUUUGUGUGUGUGUGUGUGUGCGUGUGUGUGUGUGUGUGUGUGUGUUGCAUGUGUGUGGGAACGAGUGAUGGAACACGAAUACACAAACAUAGCCAACAACCGACAAGCAAGCAACAUCAAAUAAACCAAAGCCGG